CCCCUCAUAGCUGUUCUCCUGGACUAUAUGUCCGACGCCCCCUCCCCUCCUUCACACCCUCUUCUACCCGAAGUAAACCCUGGGGUCUGGAAUAUUGAAACUCCCUCUGUGGCCAGGCAUCAUACACCAGCCCUUGUAAAACGGAAAAUUCCUCAUUCCUAUCCUAACCGCCCCCAGUUCCCCAUCUCUCCCACUCACCGGAUAGGACUUAGCCCCAUAAUCACCAAGCUAAAAACCCAGGGGCUCCUCAUUCCCAUCAACUCCCCCUGUAACUCCCCCAUCCUCCCAGUUAAAAAACCCAACGGGCAGUAUAGCCUGGUUCAGGACCUCCGCAUAAUCAAUUCGGCUAUAAUCCCUAUCUCUCCAGUCGUCCCCAACCCCUAUACCCUCCUCUCACAUAUACCUCCCUCUACUACCCAUUUCUCGGUCCUUGACCUCAAGGACGCCUUCUUCACUAUCCCCCUACACCCGGACUCCUAUUUCUUAUUUGCCUUUACCUGGGAGGACCCCCUUACCAACUCGGCCCAGCAACUGACCUGGACAGUCCUACCCCAGGGAUUUAGAGACAGUCCCCACCUCUUUGGCCAGGUUCUAGCAAAAGACCUCCGAAAAUGCCAACUGAGACCCUCAACUCUCCUACAAUAUGUAGAUGACCUUCUCCUGUGCUCACCUUCGCGUGACCAAUGUCUCAAAGAUACUACUACCCUUCUUAACUUUCUUUUUACUAAAGGGUACCGGGUCUCCAUCAAGAAGGCCCAAAUUGCUUCCCCCUCGGUCACGUACCUGGGAUUGUCAAUUACUCCCACCCAGCGGGCCAUUACUCCAGACAGAAUCCAGGCCCUCAAGGGGCUUCUCCCGCCCACUACGGCCGCAGAAAUACAGUCCUUCCUUGGCCUGGCGGGAUUCUUCAGACAAUGGAUCCCUAACUUUGCCCUCCUAGCCAGGCCGCUGUACCAAGCAGCCAAAGAGACAUCAGCAGGCCCACUUACCUCUCCGGAGGAAGUAAAAAGGGCCUUCAAUAAACUCCUAAAAACCCUCAUAGAGGCCCCGGCUCUGGCACUACCUAACCCUAACCGCCCUUUUUACUUAUACACUGAUGAAAGACAACAUCUGGCGGUAGGAGUCCUGGCCCAAUCGGUGGGAAAGACCCUGGUUCCAAUAGCCUACCUUUCCAAGCAGAUCGACCCCACGGUCAGAGGAUGGCAACCAUGCCUCCGUGCCCUGGCUGCGGCCGCCGAGCUGACCACUGAGGCUCUAAAAAUUAACCUUCACCAACCCCUAAAAGUCUUCUCUCCACAUCGCCUCUCGGAUCUCCUAUCACACCAGGCCUUGGCACACCUUGGACCCUCUCGGGUCCAACUCUUCCAUCUCCUCUUAGAAAACCCAACUAUUACUCUCGCUAGUUGUCCUGCUCUUAACCCUGCAACCCUCCUCCCUACUCCAGGAGAGGAGGGACCUUUUCAUUCCUGUCCAGAAGUCCUCGAGGCCUGUCGCUCCCCCAGGGCUGACCUCACAGAUCAUCCCUUACCAAAUCCACAGCACACCCUAUUUGUUGAUGGCAGCUCAACUAUAGACCCUUCCGGGAUCAGACGGGCGGCCUAUGCCAUAGUCUGUGACAAAACUGUCUUAGAGGCGGGACCCCUCCCUCCAGGAACUACCUCCCAACAAGCAGAGUUGGUAGCUCUGACCAGAGCUCUGACAUGGGCCAAAGGAAAGGAAGUCAACAUCUACACAGAUUCCAAGUAUUCCUUCCUUAUAGCCCAUUCCCACUGUAUGACAUGGAAGGAAAGGGGAUUCCUAACCACCAAAGGCACCCCAGUUUUAAACGGCCAGUUAAUUGCCAAACUUCUGGAGGCCAUCCAAUUGCCUUCCAAAAUAGCCAUCAUCCACUGCAGAGGCCACCAGCCACCCAAUACUCCGGUAGCCAUAGGAAAUGCCAUGGCUGAUCGCGCUGCCAGGUCAUUUACAACGACAGCCUCUCCCCAGCCCGUCCAGCAUGUCUGCUUUCUCUCUCGCACAUACAAACCCCAAUAUUCUAAAAGCGAGCUUAAUACCCAUCAAGACUCCCCUGACAUCCAGGUCAGGGACGGCUGGGCGUUUCAUAACGGGCUCUUACUCCUCCCGGGGUCACAAAAACACCAGAUAAUCUCAGAUAUCCAUAACUCCCUCCACAUAGGCCCGGCGGCCCUUCACCAUUUUCUCUCCCCUAUUUUUCAUCCCUCGGGGCUACGCAGUACCAUCGAUGAGGUCCACGCCUCCUGCUCAGUCUGUUCCCGCACAAACAGCCAGGGGGCCUGCCACGUCCGGCAGACGCUUCACCAAAUGCGAGGGCACCUGCCUGGACAAGACUGGCAGGUUGACUUCACACACAUGCCUAGACACAAAAAUCUAAAAUACCUCCUGACCAUGGUUGAUACUUUUUCAGGAUGGAUUGAGGCUUUCCCCUCGCCUUCAGAGACAGCGGAAGUGGUGUCCAGCCACCUCAUCAGGGACAUCAUUCCUAGUUUUGGCCUCCCUACGUCCCUCCAAUCGGAUAACGGACCUGCUUUCAUCUCUAAGGUCACAGAGGCCGUUUCUUCCUCUCUAGGAAUCUCCUGGAAACUUCACUCUGCCUAUCACCCUCAGUCAUCAGGUAAGGUAGAAAGGGCUAAUGGCCUAAUAAAGGAACAGUUAACUAAACUUAGCCUCGAGCUUCACCUCUCAUGGCCCGAGCUCCUCCCACGGGCCCUAGCCAGACUAAGAGCCUCCCCAAGGGGACCCUCACACCUCAGCCCCUUUGAACUCUUGUAUGGACGCCCCUUCCUGCUCUCCUCACCCCCACCUCCAUCUACAUCUCCACUGGCCUCCUAUCUUCCCUAUCUCUCUCUACUAAGAGACCUCCUUAGGGAACACGCCAACUCUGCCCUCCCUGAACCUACCCCGGGAGAUCAGGCCCCAAUCUCCCUCGCUCCGGGAGACCAGGUACUAAUCAAAUCUCUCUCCCCCAAACCACUCACUCCCCGGUGGGAGGGCCCAUACACUGUCAUCUUAACCACACCUUCGGCGGUUAAGGUCCUCAGCAUCACCUCCUGGAUUCACCGUUCCUGCCUGAAGAAACCCAGCUCGGCUCCCUCCCCCUACGAUGGCCACCCAACAGGAUGGAGGGCCACGCCUACCGGGCCUCUUACCCUGCGCUUCACUCGCAAUCCUGCUUCUCCACCUUCCCGGAGCCCCCAGCCAUAACACCCCGAAGGGCUUCUGGUCCUUUCAGAAUACAAGCCCUCACGAAUGCGAAGGUUGGAGAACUGUACCUAGCCCUCAACGCGGAGGCUCUCUCAACCGGCCCUCAUGCUGAAACACCCAUGUCUGCAAGUAAACAGCCCCAGCCUACACAUACAUGCAGAAAU